AUGGCCCCGAAACGCUCAGGCAUGGACUUGCUCUUCCAUCCGAAGAAAAAGACGACCCAGGCAUCCCCUCGGAAAAAGGAAGGCACACCCUCUGGGGCUCCUCGGGCACCACGGCCACCGAAACCUCAAGAUAACGAUGACGACUUGCAGCCCCCACCGCCCGAGGGCCCUUACCAGGAGUUCAAGCUGGUCUCUUCCCAGCUGAACGGGUGGAAGUAUGACGUGAUGAAGUUCGACUCGCGGAAGCCGGUCGACUUCAAGGAUUGGGAAAAGCCUAUAAAGCUGAACAGGAAGGAGCCUCGCCGCGAGCCCGAAGAUACCGCCAGCAUCGAGGGACCGAAGCCCGUAGGGCCCAUGCUUGGGCCGGAUGGGAAGCCUGUUGUUGGGCCGGAUGGACGUAUUGUGAUGGUGGAUGCGGAGGGACGGCCAAUACGGGCUGGCGAGGGUGGGAGCACGGGUGGCGACAGGGGGAAGGACAAGCCUGGGCAGAAGAAGCGGUUCCAGAAGAAGACGAGGCAGGUCUUCCUGGUGCCAGACGAGGUGCGGAAGCUCAGGAGGGAGGAGCGGUUCCCGUGGGUAAUAGAGGACUCGGCUGGAGAUGAGACUUGGGUGGGGAAGAUGGAGGAGGUGGCGAAGUCGGAGACACAUUGCAUGUUCAUGCCUGCCGACAAUAGUACGUUCAAGCUCGUCCCAGCACAUCGAUGGUACAAGUUCCAAAAGAAACCAAAGUACCGUGUACCGACGCUGGAGGAAGCGGAAAAGAUGAUGAGCAACAUCAAGAAGAACCAAGACCCUGAACGUUGGCUGCUGCGCAAGCGGAACGGUCAGGGCCCGUCGGUGGAGACUGCCGCUUUGUUCAAAGCUGAACGCGAAGGCAGUGGUGGCCCUGUGCCAAGCUCGAGUCUCGGCCCAGGGGGCCGCCGUCUCAAGGCGGUUGACGACGGAAUGAGCGGUCUAUUCGGAGAUGACGAGGAGGAGGAGGGCGAGGGUGAGGGUGAGGGCCGUAGACGGAAAAUGAAGCGCGAGCUUGGUGCGGAGGGUGACGUUGACGAGAUGGACUUCGAGGAGACAUUCGAGGAUGAUGAGCAGAACAUGGAGCCCGAUGAUCGGGAUGAUGAGGAGGCGAAGGAGCUUGAGGAGCGGCUCAAGAGAGAGUACAAGAACGCGAACAAGACUCGGGAGGGAUACGUCGACGAGUCAGAGGACGAGGACGAACCGACGCUCACCCGGGCGGGCAAGGGUUUACGCAAGACCCUGCAGAAGCUUGAGAAGGACGGAGGUUACGAGGAGAGCGAUGAUGACGAGAAUCCCUACGCGAGCGGGGAGGAGGAGGAAGAGGAAGAGCCGAUCCCCGUCCAUACUGGUCCUGCUAUCAUCGGAUCUUCUACAAAUGGAACAAAGACGCCAGCUUCGAGUCAGCCGUCUUCACAGAUCAAGGGCGAGCCGUCCGACUCACGGCCCACCUCCCCGGUCAUCCCGAGCCACGGAGGGCAUUCUGCUCUUGCGAAGCGGGCGAUGAGUCCGAAGAUGCCGAAACUCGAGUCGAACGGCAUGGGUCGCGCUACGAGCCCGUUGGCAGUAGGGUCUGUCAAAUCACCCAAUGGCAGUCGUGCAGUCAGCCCUGCCCAUGGAGGAAGUCGUGCCGGUAGUCCCACAUCCCCUGUCAGCCCCGCUGUUGCGAACGGCGUUAACGGCUCCGCGAAGCCGAACGACAAAAAGCGCAAGGCGAGCGAUGAUCCAAACACGAAGCCCAAGAAACGGAAGGCCCUCCCGCCGCUCGAUGACCGCACGGUGAUCGAGUGGCUCAGGCAGACCCCGAAUGCAGCAACGCGCGACUGUAUCCAUCACUUCCAGCCGUAUCUCACAGACAGCGUGAAGAAGCACAGGUUUACGACGCUUGUGAAGGAGGUUGCGCAGUUGAAGGACGGAGUUCUUGUCCUGCGACCUGCCUACCAGUCGGUAGGUGCGCCGUCACCUCCACAGGCGACCGCCACUGCUACGGCGUGA